UUGUCCCCAACCGAAAGUGUUUUACUAUGGGCUCGUUCGAAAUUGAGCCCGUAUACGGGUAUAUACACACCCUAGCGCACGAUAGCCUUGCCUCCUCAUCUCUCGUUUGCCCUACGAGCUUUAUCUUCCUUUUUCUCCCUAAAAACAACAAUAAUAAUCCCUAAUUCACCGACGAAAUCGGAUCGAAAUCCUCCAAUUCUCCAGAUCCGGAAACAAUUCGUUUCGUUCUCUCUAUGAAUCAAUGUUCUUUUUUGGAUUUCAAUUGAUUCGGUAGAUCGAUACAGGAAUUCAGCAAUUUGUUUUUCUUGAAGCUCUCCAGAAUCAACUUAGCAUACCCAAGCAGCUAUGCGGGGGUAUGAAGGAGAUGAAUAUGAUGAGUAUUUGGAUGAGUAUGAGACUGAAGGUGAAGAGGAAGAGAAUGCUGAAGAGGAAUAUGAGGAUGAAGAGCCUCAGCAGCCUUCACAGGAGUUGUUAGAGUACCUGGAGCUGAGGCAACGGUUAAAAGAUGAUAUCAGGAAGCAGAGGAAGAAAGAAUUAGGCGGUAGUUCUCGUGAAUUUAAAAAGAAUGCAUCAUCCAGGGAUAAUUUUGGUUCCUUCUUUGGACCUUCACAGCCAGUUAUCUCUCACAGAGUCAUCCAAGAAAGCAAGUCUCUAUUGGAGAACCCAACUCUGGCAGCUAAAGUCAUGAAAUCUAGCCAUUCGCAGAGCAAUAAGAGUGCUGCUUCAAAACCUGCAAAACCUGCAGGAUCAAAAGCUUCCACCAGCAACCAUGCACCAAAAGUCACAAAUGGGUUAAAAAGGAAGAUCGAUAUGGUAAAAAAUACGAGGGACUAUUCAUUUCUAUUAUCUGAUGAUGCUGAACUUCCUGGUCCAUCAAGAGGUUCUUUAACUCAGAAAGUGUCUGCCCCUUAUUGUGAUGCACGGCUGAUUCAAUGUCCAAGUGGAAAGCAGACUUCAAAUGAUAUUGGGAGAAAGCUUCUAGAUGACCGUGAGAUGAAAAAAGGUAGCCAAAGGCAACCUAAAGCUGUGAUUCAGAAAUCGGUGUCUAUUAAUAAACCGACUCAGCCAACAUUAGACUCUAGGAAACAGUUCGGUAGCAGUAAUGGAAGUGGGCCUGGGCGGCCGCCUUUGGGGCCAAAAGGGGUGUCCCCCAAGGUUACAGGGGAUCUAAAUGAUAAGAAAUUUUUGACACCAGGCUCCAAGAGCAUUGUGCCUGCUUCCCAUAGGCCAACCCCUUCAAGAGUGCAACCCUCUGUACCAAGGCAAUCUUUGGUACAGAAUAGGCUACCAUUGGAAUCUGGCAAGUCAAAAGUGAUGUCAAAACAAGGUGUGUCUAUCUCCAAACCUCAGGUGGUGAUUCAGAGACAACAAGCCUCCUUGUCUAGACCUCAGAUAAAACCACCACCUCCUAGAAAUGUAGCACGUCCCUUGGACGAUAGGCGUCCAGCACUUCAGCAAAGAGAUGACAGGCGCUCAGCACCUCAGCAAAGAGAUGACAGGCGCUCAGCACCUCAGCAAAGAGAUGACAGGCGCCCAGUACAUCAGCAAAGAGAUGACAGGCGCCCAGCACUUCAGCAAAGGGAUGACAGGCGCCCAUCACUUCAGCAAAGGGAUGACAGGCGCCCACUUCAGCAAAGGGAUGACAGGCGCCCAGCACUUCAGCAAAGAGAUGAGAGGCGCCCAGCACUUCAGCGAAAAGAAGAGAGGCGCCCAGCACAUCAGCAAAAAGAUGACAGGCGUCCAUCACUUCAUCAAAAAGAUGAUAGGCGCCCAGCAAGAAAACCAAUGAGAUAUGAUGAAGAAGAUGAUGGAGAAGAAGCCAUUAGUAUGAUUAGGAAGAUGUUUGGGUACAAUCCUAAUAGGUACCAUGAUGACGACGAUGAUAGUGAUAUGGAGGCUAAUUUUGAUGAGAUUUUGAAGGAAGAAAGACGAAGUGCGAAAAUAGCAAGGGAAGAGGAUGAAGAAGAACUCCGGAAGAUAGAAGAAGAAGAAAGGCGGGAGCGUCUGAGAAAACAGGCAAAGAAGCGCAAGUUGAGCCAUCAAUGACAAAGAUAAAUUGUCUUUUACUUUGUCGAUGAACACCUUUAGAAAGGUGUUGUAGCGUCUUUUCUUUUUCCUUGCUGGUUAUAGGACAGGAUGAUGAUAUGGGUCAGGUGGAAUUGUACAGUCUCCCCCUUAAGUUUUGAAUAGAUAUUGUAUCUAUUGGUUUAUUUGUUGGGGCUUAAUUGUUCAAUUAUUUUAUGAAA